AUGGCGCAAACAUGGGAUAGUUCACGGUGGAAAUCCUGCAAAUACAUUGCUUCUGGGUCCUUUGUUGAAGGCAAUGAAGUAAGUAUCCACUAUAUCCGCUGCGAACCACCUGAGGGCACGAAGACUAGGGGGACUCUCCUGCUGAUACAUGGUUUUCCGCAAACCCACUAUCAAUUUCGACAUGUUAUUACUCCGUUCGCCAACGCCGGAUACCGUGUUAUUGCGCCCGAUUACAGAGGAGCCGGGGACUCUUCGCAUCCUCAUGACGGCUUUGACUUUGUUAAUAUGGCUGCCGACUUUCGUGCAAUCAUCCGUGAUCAUUUGAAGGUUGAGGAAAAGAUUCACUUGGUUGGCCACGAUACUGGUUGUGGGAUUGCACACGCAUACGCCAGCCGCUACCCCGAUGCCACCGCCUCCUUGGUUUGGGGUGAAGGCCCCGUUCCCGGUACCAAGAUAUAUGAUCAGAUCAUCCCUGCAGGAUUGGGUGGUGGUCUUUGGCACAUUGCCUUCCAUUGGCAAAGCGACCUGCCCGAGCGGCUGGUGCAAGGGAAAGAGCGAAUCUAUCUUCAGCACUUCUUCGACAUGGGUUCGAAUAAUGCGAAGUUUCUAACUGACCAAGACCUUGACGUAUAUGUGGGAAAGUACUCCAAGCCAGGGGCUCUCCGGUGUGCAUUUGGGGUGUAUCGUGCUCUUCACAAGGAUCGUGAAGACAAUCUUCAGUGGUUCAAGGAGAAAGGCAAAGCAAAAGUCCCUAGCAUGACGCUAAAUGGCGCGCACAGUCCCAUUACUCCGAUAGCCGAGGCGGCAAAUGAGGAAAUGUACGAGGUCACCGCAUCUGAGACUGUCUCUGAUAGCGGUCAUUGGUGCGCCGAAGAGAACCCAGAAGGGUUUAUAGAGAAAGUACUGUUCUGGGUUGAGAAGCAUCCACAAUAG